AGUCGAGCAGUCAGAGUCGUGAGUUGUCAAUUUUGGAGUGGUGAGUCAGUAUUGAGCACAAAAGUUGCAGUGACGACGUGCGUGCUCCACUAAGCGUCGAUGGUACGAGAACUUCGUGCGAGCGCACACAAAUUCCCCUUCCCUCACCACCACCCUGUCCUCGCAAAUCCCAUCAUAACCCCCCUUUUGCAAGACAUUUGACGCAUUCGCACUACUAUUGCACAAAAUGGCUACGCACGACCCCACUGCACAAAAGGCGUCCAGCCAUGCUCAGCUGAACCCUUCGCAGAAAUGGGACGAGGUUCAAAAAUUCAUCAAGGAGGUGCCCACCAGCAUGCUCGUAUCCAACAGUCCUGACGGAAAGCUGGCGAGCAGGGCCAUGAACGCGGCCACUGUCGAAGGCGGCAUCUUUCACUUUUUCACCAACGUCGAGUCAGGCAAAACGAACGACUUGGAAAACUCUCCCCAGGUCAACGUGUCCUACCUGAACCCCAAGGAUGGCUCCUGGGUAUCGGUGAGCGGUACGGCUCGAGUGAACACGGACAGGGAGAAGAUCAAGAAGCAUUGGCAUCCUUCCUUGUCCGCUUGGUUCAACAAGAAGGACGACAAGCACGAUGGAACGGCCAAUGACCCUCGCGUAGGCUUCAUCGAGGUUCAUCCUGAUGAGAUUAGGUACUUCAAGUCCGACGGUGCACUCAAGACUGCAAUCGAUGCGGCAAAAGCAGCUCUUACCGGAGGCGUGGCAGCACCUGGCAGCUUGAUCAUCAUCACUCAGGAGGAGCUCAAGGUUCUCGCGGACCACUUCCACAAGUAAAUGUACGCGAACAAGACGAGUUCAAUAAACGCAAUGGAGAUCAAAUAAUGUGAAUGUACCUUCAUUUACCCAAUGCUUUUUGUCUCUCCAUACGGCACCAAGACGUAGUAACGAGUCGCGAUCAGCCGCCAUGGUGACGAUAGGAUCAGACUCUGGGUUGCAUUUUGCACUUGUUGGCUAUUUGCCUUUUUUUUUUCUGCUUGGCCAUUUCGAUGGUAUCUGAUCUUUACAAUACAUCAAGCACAUCUGCAUUGUCCUUCCAAGGA